GCGGGAGGCGGAGCCCGGGCACGCCUACACAACUGGCCGUGCCUCGGGGCGGGCGGCACUGCAACGUAGGCAACAGAGGGAAAUGGCUGAGUACUUGCGGCUGCCCCACUCCCUGGCGCAGAUCCGCCUCCGAAACCCGCCGGUCAGCGCGAUCAGUUUGGCUGUAUUCAAUGGAAUAAAAGAGGGACUAAAGAAAGCCAUAUCCGACCAUACAGUAAAAGCCAUUGUGAUAUCUGGAGAAAAUGGAAUAUUCUGUGCAGGUGUGGAUAUCCACAGCUUCAGCACUCCUGGAUUCUCUGGCUUUGAUUUGGGAAGUUUAGUAGAUGAAUUACAGAGAUAUCAGAAGCCCGUGGUAGCCGCUAUCCAAGGUGUGGCCUUAGGAGGGGGACUGGAGCUGGCCUUGGGCUGUCACUAUAGGAUUGCUCACGCAGAGGCUCAUAUUGGCUUCCCAGAAGUCACACUAGGAAUUCUUCCUGGUGCAAGAGGAACCCAGCUUCUCCCCAGACUCAUUGGAAUUCCUGCUGCACUUGACUUAAUUACAUCAGGGAGACACAUUUUGGCGGAUGAAGCACUUAAGCUGGGCAUUCUAGAUGAAGUUGUGGAUUCAGAUCCAGUAGAAGCAGCAAUCAAAUUUGCCCUGAGAAUUUUAGAUCAAUCUCUAGAAUCCCGCAGAAUCUUGAACAAGACAGUGCCAAGCUUGCCCAACAUGGACACCAUUUUCAGGGAAGCCUUUGCAAAGAUGCAGAAACAGUACCCUGGGUGCCUGGCUCCGGAGACUUGUGUCCGUGCAGUCCAGGCCUCUGUGAAGUAUCCCUAUGAAGUGGGCAUCAAGGAGGAAGAGGAGCUAUUAAUGUACCUUCGGGGAUCAGGGCAGGCUAGAGCCCUGCAGUAUGCUUUCUUUGCUGAAAAGAAUGCAAGUAAAUGGUCCACUCCCUCUGGGGCCUCAUGGAAAACAGCAUCAGCACGACCCAUCUCCUCCGUUGGUGUCCUUGGCUUGGGAACCAUGGGCCGAAGCAUUGUCAUUACUUUUCUAAGGGCGAAAAUUCCUGUGGUUGCUGUAGAAGUAGACCAAAAGCAGCUCAAAACUGCAAAGAAGAUAAUAACUUCCAGCUUGGAAAAGGCAGCAUCCGAAAUGCCACAGAAUGACCAGCCUUGGUCAGGACCAAAACUCAGGUUCAGUUCAUCUAUGAAGGAACUUGCUAGCGUAGACUUAGUUGUCGAAGCAGUAUUUGAGGAUAUGAAGCUGAAGAAACGAGUCUUUGCUGAACUGUCAGCCGUGUGCAAGCCAGAAGCAUUUUUGUGCACCAAUACUUCAGCCCUGGACGUGGAUGAAUUUGCUUCUUCCACGGAUCGGCCGCAUUUGGUCAUUGGCAUGCACUUCUUCACACCAGCUCAUGUAAAGAAGUUGUUAGAGAUUAUUCCUAGCCAACACUCUUCCCCCACCACCAUUGCCACUGUUAUGAACUUAGCCAAAAAGAUUAAGAAGAUUGGCGUAGUCGUAGGCAACUGCCAUGGCUUUGUUGGUAAUCGAAUGCUAGUCCCUUAUUUUGACCAGACGUAUUUCUUGGUAGAAGAAGGUAGCAAGCCAGAGGAGAUAGAUCAGGUGCUGGAGGAAUUUGGUUUUAAAAUGGGACCCUUUCGAGGGUCUGACCUUGCUGGUUUGGAUGUGAGUUGGAAAGUUCGCCAGGAACAAGGUCUUACUGGACCCGCAUUGCCUCCUGGUACUCCUGUCCGAAAGCGGGGUACUAGAAGAUACUGCCCAAUUCCUGAUAUGCUCUGUGAAUCAGGACGCUAUGGGCAGAAGACAGGGCGGGGGUGGUAUCAGUAUGACAAGCCAUUGGGAAGGAUUCACAAACCUGAUCCCUGGCUUUCCAAAUUUCUGUCACAGUACAGAGAAACCCAUCAUAUUGAACCCCGUGUCAUUAGCCAGGAUGAGAUCCUUGAGCGCUGCUUGUAUGCACUCAUCAAUGAAGGGUUCCGUAUCUUGGGAGAAGGGAUGGCUGCUGGCCCAGAGCACAUUGAUGCCAUCUACUUGAAUGGGUGUAGCUGGCCAAGGCACAAGGGUGGGCCCAUGUUCUAUGCUUCCACAAUUGGGUUGCCCACCGUUCUGGAGAAGUUGCUGAAGUACUACAGGCAGAAUCCUGAUAUUCCCCACCUGGAGCCCAGCAACUACCUAAAAAAGCUGGCUUCCCAGGGAAACCCUCCUCUGAAAGAAUGGCAAAGCUUGGCAGGGCCCCCCAGCAGUAAAUUGUGAUUCAGGAUGUGCCUCCCAUGCUGGCAUCGGGUAAAACUCACUGGAUUUCAAUAAAGUUAAUUCCAAGAAUCCAGAGUAAGAAUACUCUGAAAUGCAAAGCAAAGGAAGUAAUUGGUUACUUAAACCUUUUUUUUUUGAUGUUUUUUCUUUUUGAUUCUAAUGAAGGAAAUCUUUAUGAAAGUGCUUUCUAUGCCUCUGAAUGUGUUCCUUUCAGAUAAAUUUAGUAAAUGAAGUUGUGUAAACAUAAUUCUACAAUAGCUGAUGAGAGAGCCUUAGGAAUACGUUGAGGUUCCCAAGUGCUUUGAUUGUUGGAGCAAUGUUCAACAUUUAAUAAAAUAUAAAUGUAGCUAAAUCAUAAACUUCUUUUGUCUUGGGCUGGGGAUAUAGCUCAGUUGGUAGAAUGCUUACCUCACAUGCACAAGGCCCUGGGUUCAAUCCCCAGCAUCACACAUACACAGAAAAUUUCUUUUGUCUUUUUAACCUCACAUACGUAUUCUUGAUUGCAAAUCCUAUAGGUUAUACAACUCCAAACAGUCACUGAGCACCCCCUGAGUUUCUUGCUCCACUUGAGAGCACAUGACAGUCCUAGAGCCCAGAAAACAGCAUCAGCACGACCCAUCUCCUCCGUUGGUGUCCUUGGUAAGCAGGUGAGGGUAUUAAACUAGUAUAGAAGCCUGUGUUGCUGUUGGGUCCAUACUUUCAGAGAUGGAGAUCAUUGGCAGGGUAGAGUCUGCAAUGAGGGUCUCUAUGGGCGGGGGGCAUGGAACACUGCCUAAGGAUAAGUAGAUUAGUAGCAAGAAAGAAGGCCCAUCAGAGUUGGAAAUUGGUGAGGGCUCCAAGUAUUUGAGACCCAAACAGGGCACUUCAGGGCAGCUUGGCCAAUCAUGCUCAUAAGAUCAGUUCUGUCCAAGGCUCAGUCUCCUGUGCUUGCUGCUUUCAAGCGGCUCAGUGAUAUUUGUUGUUUAUUCCCCAGGAUGCAGAACAUCUGCAACGUGGUCUUUAUGGUCUUUUCUAUUCAAGGAGAAGUAAUAGAAAGACUAAGUUGUUCCCUUAGUUUAAGAAGGGAUCUUAGUGAACAUCUAACGUUCAAGGAUUUCUUAAUUUAAAAAAAAAAAUUUUGUAGUUGUAGAUGGACAGAAUGCCUUUAUUUGUAUAUUUUUUAAAUAUGGUGCUAAGGAUCAAACCAGUGCCUCACACAUGCUAGGCAAGCACUCUGCCACUGAGCUACAGCCCCAGCUCAAGGAUUUCUUAGUUCUUAAGCAGUGUAACAAUGCCAGUUUCCCUGUCAAGACAAGGACCUAUGAAUAUGCAUUUGGAAAUGGUUGAAUUUGAAAAAUCUAAAAUUAUGGCAAAAUAGAUCAUGCAUAGUUUUGUUAUUGCUGUUAAUAUCCUUCUCUUUUUGACUUUUUGACUUGUGUUGUUCAAAGUUAAGGCACUACGCAACAGAAAAACUUGUCAGAAUUACACAGACAAAAAUUCGAGACAACCCAAAUGUCCACUAACCAAAUGUCAACUAACAAAUGUGGUCUGUUCAUACAGUCAGCUAUUACUCACAAAAAGAAAUGAAGUCCUGGGCUGGGGUUGUGGCUCAGAGGUAGAACAUUCACCUAGCAUGUAUGAGGCACUAGGUUCGAUCCUCAGAACCACAUUAAGUUGUAAGUGUCCACUUACAACUAAAAAAUAAAUGUUUUUUAAAAAAGAAAGAAAUGAAGACCAGAUAUCUGCUACAGCAUGAGGAACCUUGAAUACACCAGGCUGAGUGAAAGAAGGCAGUCACAAAAGACCAUAUGUUAUAUAAACAUUAAAGGGAAUGUCCAGGGUAAACAAAUAGAGACAGAAAUAGAAGUUUCCCAAGACUGGAAUUUUUGUUUAGUAGAUAAUGGGGAUUGAAUGCUAAUGGGUACAGAAUUUCCUUUGGGUUUUAUGAAAAUGUUCUAAAGUGAUUAAAUUGUGAUGGCGGUGGUAUAACUCAGUAAACUAAAAAAUUGUUGAGUUGUUAAUUUAUAGGGAUGAAUUAUUGGAUAUGUGAAUUAUAUCUCAAUAAAGUUAUUAAUAAAUGGUG